GGGGAAUAAAUUAAUGUGUGGCUGAUUGACACUCUAGUUGCAUACAUUGAGUAUGAAUUUGGGAUAUAAAAGAAAAAGUGGAAAUGCUCACAGGUAUUGCACGUCACCUGGCUUCUGCUGAACAAGAACGACGCAGUUGCCACGAUGAAGUACAGUCACCUAUCAGCCAUAGUGCUGAUAAGCUUGCUGGUGAGCCAUUCCGUGGCACAGACGACAUUGUCGUUGACCAAUACGGGUAUCCUUGGUACCGCUUUAGGACUGGGUGCCUUAUACUAUUUAUAUGAACAGAACAACAGACUACCUCCGUUUCCUCCAAUACUUCCUCCACCGCAGUUAUAUGGACCAAGCUGGGGCCCUAAUCCUUUCUGGCGGCCACGACACCCUCCUCCACCACCACCACCACCACCACCACCACGACGACCACCAUUUUUCGGCCCCAUAUAUGGCUCACCUCUAGGUUGAUCCGGUUCUGACAUUUCUCUGAGGGUCCGGAGUGACACCAAUGGGACAUGGAUACAGGACACUCUAUAUCAGCUGCGUUGUUAACAUUUUUUUUACCAAUAAAUUGUAUAUAUAUGUAUA